AUGCGUAACCGAUGGUUCCCCGCACGCGUCGCCGACUAUGUUCCCGCUACCCAAAUGAAGCAGCUCAAGGCGCAGGAUGUGGACAUGGGCCGCGACUUCUCAUAUGGCGUACGACUGAACCUGGAGGAGGCGGAGGAAGAGGAGGUCGACUUCAUGAAGCAGCCGAAACACUAUGUACGGCCGAUUGAAAUCGAUGUGCUCAGCCCUGAGCGAUCCAUGGAGCUCCUCGAUGCGUUUGUACCACCCACGAUCGACUUUUACCGCCAGCGAAUUGAGCAAGACAGCCCAUCGAGCGGGCGCAUGGGUGCGUCUGGUGCAGCAGACAUUUUGACUGCAGCGGCGAUGGGCAAGAAGGCGUCUGCAGAUGCUAUCUACGGCUCUGUCUCAAGCACCGAUCUCGUGGCCACUAUAAAGGGAGCGCUGGCGCACAACGACGAGGCGGCCCGCGUGAUACUGAAUGAGGCAGACGUCAAGUUCCUCUCUGGGCACGAGGAGGGCGACACAUCGCGUGUCAAGCAGCUGGGCACAUUCAAGGCCGAGAUACGGUUACCCGGCGUAGAGGAACCUAUCGUGAGGAAUAUCCGGAUCAGAGCGAAGGGAUCGGAAUCAUGA